AUGAUUAGUGAAUAUAAAUCAUUUAUAUGUUCAGAAUGUGAAAGACCGCGUGAUAUUGUAUGCAAACAUUGUUCACGAAGUUAUUGCGAAAUAUGUGCAAGUUUUCAUCGUGCCGAAAUAUUUAAUCAAAUGCGUGAUAUUCUCAAUCAAAUGACAUUAAAUCGUGAACAAGGGAUAAAAGAAGUGAAAGAAUUUAUUGAAAAACAAGCACAAGAUGCCAAAGAUCAAGCAAGAAUUUUAGUUGAAGAUGUUAUUCGACGAGUAAAAUAUUCAUUAAGAAAUAUAGACAAUUAUGUAGAAGAACGACGAAUAAGAAAAUUGAAUCGAUUGAAUGAGGCAUUAAAAAUAUUUGAUAAAGACUUUGAGCUGUUACAGACACAUUAUAAUGAAGAAAAAUUCUUAUCGUCAAAACAACUGUGUGAAUUACGUUCCAGUUAUGCGGCGAAUAUGUUUGAACAACGAAAAAAUGAUCAAUCAACAAUACCAACACAGACCGAAGAACAAAAAGAAAAUGAAAUAUUUUUCAAAAACUAUCGACUCUAUAAAGAUUUGUUGAAUCUUCGAGAAAAAUGGUCAUUUUUGAAACCGGCAAUGACAACAAGUUAUCAUCCUGACAAAAAAGAAUUCACAUUAGAUAAAGUAUUAACAUUUUUAGAAUAUCGACACGAUCGAAUUAUUGAUGAUUAUCGAGAAUAUUUAGAAACAAAAAAUAAACUACCGGUUGAUCACAGAAAUGAAGCGUUAUUAAAUACUUUGUCAUUUUUUCAAAAAAAAUCAAAAUUAGUGGAAGAAGCCCAAAAUUUUUCCUAUUGUACAAGUAAAAAUACUAAUGAUAAAAUAACAGCCGAAGAGUCCAUAGCAGAGCAAGACGACACAAUAUACGGUUCAUUAAAACUCCAAGAUAAUAGAGAGGAAGAACCAUCCUCUUGGAAUUCAUCUAAUAACAGUGAUUAUGACGAAGAUGAGCCAAGUACGGUGAUUGGUGACGAUUUAAUAUGCAAAACUAAAUGA